CACUACUCAACCCUCCAGACCACUACUUACCCGACACAACUUUAAGACAUCCCAACUUCAACCCACGUUCACCGCAACCACCGGGACUUUUCUACCAAAUCUCCCACCUCCCAUCCAGCUACCAGUGUUCAGGCCGUGGCGACGCCUGAAGUCCACACUGUCGCUAUGCUCUCCGAACCACAGAAUGCCCUCUACUGGCCACCGGAUGUCGCCCCUUACAGUAUGGAAAGCCUUGUCUUUCUAUCCUCCGGCUGGUUAAGGACGGCAUGCGUGCUCUCCGCGCUGUUCUGGGUCGCCUACCGUGGUUACCAGGUCCUGUCAAAACCCAUCGAAGACUUGGUUCUGUUGCUCGGCCUCGAGGUACCCGUCGCACCCAUUUUUUCCCUCGCCGGUAUAAAGGCCGAUGGUGUUUUACUCCAUUGGAAACCUCCAGACUCGCGCGCCUCCGUUUUAAAAUAUGUCAUUCGCAUCAACGGUAUCGAUAUUGGCGAUGUCUCCCCUCAAGAGACUUCGGUGACGAUCGAGAACCUCAAACCCGAAAGCCAUUACACUAUUCGUAUUGUGACAUUGAAUUCCGCCAAUUUUCAAGCCCCGAGUGAUCCCAUCCGUCUCAAGACCCUUCCGAGUUCCUCUCAAGAAUUUUUCAAUGCAGGCCCGCACAAGGAAGCCGGGGAUGGGAAUGAAGAUGAUGAAUGGAAUCAAACUCCAAUAAUCCGCCCGAACAAGAACCUGGCCGAAAUCAUUCCUCCCUUGGUCGCACCAGCCAUGACACGCGAGCACAGCAACAGCAUCUCCAGGGCUCGCCGAUCGGAACCCGGCCGACGCAACUCCCCGGCCUCCCAAACUACCGAGCAAGCCCGUGCUGCUCAAGAAUCAGCCGAUUCCAUGGAUUCGAUCAAACAGUUGACUGAAAAGCUGGAUGCCCUGCGUCGCGAGAUUGACGAUGUCGAAAAACAGAUGCAAGAGGAAGACGAAGAAUUUCAAACGAGCAAGGCAUGUUUGAUGGAGACAAGGAACGAAAAGAAGACCGCUUUGAAAGAGAAGGAAGAUGCUAGCCGUGAUCUGAGGAAGGAGGUUGCGACACUAGAGCGUGCGAAUGCGUCGGCUCAGACACGCCGUACCCAACAAGAGAAGCUAUUGCAACAGAAGGAAAACGAAAGAAAGAAGCUCAAGGAGGAUGUCGCUCGCUGGGAAUUGGAGACUGGCGAGCUGCGGGCUGCUGCCGAAGCUAUUGAACAGGAACGUGCCGAAUAUGAAUCCACCGCAGAAGAACGUAUUCAAGAGCUUAAAGAUCGCUACGCGGAGGGGCUACAGGUCAACAAGAGCCUCGAAGAAGUCAUCCGAGAGAAGGGUACGCAAAUCAAGGCCUUGGAAGAGGAGAGAAAGAAUUUGGAAGAAGGCGAAGAGGUUGGAGAUGCACAGGAUGGUUCAGAGACAGCCGAUGCGGAAGAGGAUAGAAGAUGGUUUGCAACACUGACGUCGUUGCAACAGCGGUAUGCGCAUGCCUGGUCCCUAUUCACGGAAGCCGAGCGAGCUGGUCAGGAAGCGAUGAGCAGACUGCAUUUCCUCCAGCAGCGCCGUUUGAGCCAGCCUCACCUCUUUGCCGGUAUAGCCCCACAGGAACCGGUCCCACGGAGGAGGAACAGCCAGCGAUCGCGACCCGUGAGUAUGCGUGAGCCGUUGCUACCGUCUGUCCCAGGAGGAUUUAUCCCAAGCUCCGCAGCCCCGUUCAACACCAGCAUAAACAAUGUGUCGCCACCUUUCCAGAAUGCAACUCCUUACUUCAACUUUAACAACGGUAUGGCGUUGCCUCCACCGAGCAACAACGCCUCAUCUUUCUCUGCUGCCGAGAUUGAAAGCUUGACGGGGGGCGCACCCAUGAGCCCUACAGCUGGUGCAUUAUUACCAUCUGGAUUGUUCCUUGACGAUACCGGGCUCACCGAUGUUGAAGAUACGGACGACGACGGCCAUGGCGCCCCAAUGCCAAUCUUGGAUCCCUCGCCCAAUUUGCGCAAUGUACUACCUGGCUUGGGUGCUCCAGGUACCAUUGAAGAUAUCCAGAGUCCAAGCUCACCCGUCUCUCCGCAGAGCCGCUCUCCAAGCUUGUUUGCAAGUCCUCGAGAGAGUGCUGGGUAUCUGGGGCACUUCCCGCCGAAUGACAGUCUCCUCGAUAGCGACAGACGUUCUAUCCGGUCCACGUCUAGCUCAUUCAUGAACAAUCCUCAGACCACUCGCUUUGGUGGUCUCUUUGGGCUACAUCGACAGCGGGGAAAGACACUAUCCGACGGACCACCUCUGGGCUCUUUAAAACCGUCGCAAAGUCAGUCGCUGCCUCGACAAGAACAUGGAAGCCUGGAUCCCAUUGGAAGCCAACGACGACGAGGGAGUCAUUCUGGAGGUGCUUGGUAUGAUUCACUAAAAUUUGGAUCCAAGCCCCAACCCCAGCCCCAACCCGAUGAAUCGUCAACUAGCCCCAAGCAUGUAGCAACCCGGAAACGGGGAUUCAACAUGUUUGGUACUAAGGGUGACCCCUGGCUAACCUCAAUACUAGGAAGCGAGCGACCGUCUUCGCCCCGUCAAGGUUCGACCAAGUCCGGUGAGGCCAACGUCCUACCUCGACCUUCCACUGAAAGCCAGAUGCGUUUUGGUUGGUCAGUAGAUGCUUUUGGGUCGCGCAGCAGUCCGCUCGGUGUAGAUUGGAGUGUGAGCAACAUGAAUAACGGCAGUUCGUGGUCAAGAAUGCCCUCCCGGCGACCCUCUUUACAGCAUGGCUCGACAGUUUCUCUGGUGAAUGAUGAUAUGCUACAAGACGAUAUAUUACUCGCAAAUACGCGCUCCCCAACACAAGCGCCUAUUGGUACCCGGCCACAGUCAUCAGCAUCACACAUGGCACAGCCUAUCGGUGUUCCUCCCACGCCCCCCAAGCAAUUGAAUCCAGCUGCACCUGUCUUCAAAGGAAUCUUUACACGUGAAAAGAGAUCUGAAGAAGAAAAGGCAGAGAUCCAGGCUGAAAAGGCUAAGAAGGCAGCCGAGAAAGCAGCCGAGAAGGAGGCAAAGAAAGCCGAGAAGGAAGAGCGAAAAGCCGCCAAGGCCGAUAAAUCCGAUAAGACGAAAGGCAAAGAGAAGAUGCUGUCGGCUGAGAACACAGGGGCUGACCACGGCAAAGACGGGACCCCGCCUCUUGAUAUUCGAUAUUCGAAGGACAAUCGUUCCAUCUCUACAGCGGAUGUUUCCGAAGCCUCUCCGCGGGAGUCAUUGGACCGAUCUCUUUCUCAUACCCCUUCGGAAUCCCUUCAAGGCAGCAUUAGUAAAGAAUCGUUCCUCCAGAAGUUGUCACGAAAGGGCAGCACAAGUCAAUUCCUCUCACUUGGAAAAGGCAAAACCUCGUUAUUCUCAAAGAAACCCACCGAUGCAAUCACACCCGACGAGAUGGAUGAAGAUGGAUCAGGGUAUAUGGGAAGGAGUGUAGACAGCCCGGCCCAUAGCCCUGCUAUCGGAACCCCGAAGGACAAGAGCAGUUCUCUUGGUUGGAGCUCUUUCAAGCGCAUGAGCAAGAGAGGGGAGAAAACACCAAGCUUGCACGAAAGCAUUGCCAGUGAGACGACUGGCGAUGAGGAUGAUGAGGAUCCAGAAACCAUUGUCAAAGCUUAGUUGGCUUCGCUCGUAUUGGAUGUUGCAAGAGUAGUAAAUAAUUUAAUUACAUAUGAUUAAAAUGACAUGUUUACUUUGCG